CAGCAAGCCGCCAGGGAGUUAUACAGAAAAAAAUAAACAUUAAGAAACUUAGCGACGAUAGAUAACAGUGGCGCUUCUUUAUCAGUACCUUACGUAGAGUUUGUCCAGUCUGAAAUGAUUGCAAGGGAGCGCCUUCUGCACUGAGACAGCACUGCCACGACCACGGUGGUGACCGAUUCCGUGACGACUGGAUUGGCGCCCAUCAUGCGCGGUGGGCGGGGCCUCCCGAUGCCCGGAACCCCGACAACAGGAGCGAGGGCGCGCGUGAUGCGGCUUGAGGGCACGCCAGAAGCUGGGCACUGCGCGAAGAGGAUUUGGCCCCGUGAAGGACACUCUCCCGUGCCCGCGUCUUGAGGGGGCCGGGAAGGAGCAUGCCCCUGGCGCCCUCCGAGGACGCUCGGCGCGACCCGCUCCUAGAUGAAGGUGCCGGAGUGGCUGCUGAGACUCCGUCGAGGAUCAGGCGGCGACGCGGGGGGCGGAGGGAGAGGGGGAGUAGGAGGAGGGAAAGGCUCGCGACGACGACGACAAGAGGGGCAGGAGGAGGCGGACCCCCCGCCCGGGGCUGCCUCCAUCAGCACCCCAGUUCUGGUCCACUCCACCAGCCACUUGCUGAGUCCUUUGGUAAGUGGGGUAGGAGAGGCCCCCAGGCACCCCCGUGGCGGCGGCUCCGUCAGCACCCCCGUCCUACCGCUCGCCUCGGCCACGCGGAGGGCCGGCCAUGGUGGCGCUGGCGCCAGGUCGCCACCUUCGGCCGCUGUGUCGAUGCACGCCGGUUCGAGGGACAGCCACCUGCUCCCCGGCAACUCGUAUUUCUUCCAGCGCGACGCUGGCGUUCGCCACAGCGUCAGCAGCAGCAACAGAAGCACCAUCAGUCAGAACAGCUGCAACUCCGUGUCUUUCACGCCAGACAAGCCCCCGCGGCCCACCAGCGGCAGGAGGACCGACUUCAUCUCGCGAAGUAGCGUGGCGCCCACGCCUACAGGGAAGGACAUCGGCAAGACGAACCAAAAGAACUCCGGGUUAAGGAGCUUCAGCCAGAGCACCAGGAACUUCCUAAGGGGCGGUGGCGGCUCCUCGGACGCCGCAGGCACCCCCAUUCUCAAGCGCAGUCAAAGCGUGAAGGCAGGCAGUGGGCUCUGCCGUCCGCUGGCCGCUGCGCGAGGCGACGUUCGCGAGGGCCAGUCCGUGACCCCGAGUAAUCCCGCCGACAGGAGGAGCCAGCGACAGGAUGCGACCAGCGCUUACGGAAUUAUCAACGGCAAGAAACAGCCCGCCUCGAAGGAGAGUCCGACGACGCCUUUCCACUUCUUCAGGCGCUCCAGCGUCAGGGAUUCUCACCGGAUACCUUCUGAACGCAGUAGUAUUCGGUCGAAGACGAAUUCAGGGCCAUCACAGAUCCCCGAACCUUCCUGGAGGAGCAAGGGGACGCCGUCGACCCCUGGAAGGAGCAGUGGCGACCCGGCCAGACCGCAAAGCAUCGACGAAGGCACCGUGAGUAAGUCAUGGCGGAGACAGUCAGCUGAGUCGCGCCAGGCGCUGCAGAGAAACCAUUCGGCCAAAGUUCUUCGGGAUGCGAACGGCCAGUCUGCAGGACAAGGUUCCCGCGGCCAGACGAGGGCAGGAUCUGGCUCCUCGGAAUUGCAAUACGCGCGGAUCCAGACUGGCGGUGACAAGGGCGCGGGGAAGCAAAAGACGAAGCUCCUCCAGCAGUGCAAAUGUGGCGUGAAUAGUUACUGUGAUCAGUGUAGAAGUAGCAUGAAGGCGAGCAGAGAAGAGGUGAGUAACAGUCCCAGUGCAACAAGCAAGGAAAACUCUUUUGCCAGAAACAGUGUGCGGCGAGCGAGUGCGAGUCAGAGAGUGCAGACGGAGAAAUCGAAGGAGGAAAUGCUCCCAGCGAGCGCCGCCCUCGAGAGGAGGCCGUCCGUGCGCAAGGCUGUCGAGACGUACGAACAACUGCAGUCGGUACGACGCGAGCGCGACAGACUGCAGAACCGCCCGACGGCCUUGUACAUUCCCGUGGACAGGGAGCAGGACACGGACGACGACGCUGGCCGGAAGGACAUCAAGGAGUACCUCCUGGAGUACGAUGAGCCCGGGAGACCCAUAUCCGUGGCCAUCGACGAGCUGAUGGCGAGGUCGGCCGUGGCUCCUCAGCUGCCCAAGAAGAGGAACUUGUCCCCGCCGGCCGAGGAGGCUAAGAAGAGGUCCCACAGGGGCGCGGCAACGGCGUCCGCGGCCCACGUGUACGCCAAGGCCCAGACCUCGCGGGCGAAGAGCGCCGACGCCUCCGACAACGAGGUGCUGCAAACGAGAGCUGACCGACGGCCGAAGACAACCGGCUGUGAAAACGGCCACCACUGGCAUCGGAAACCCGGCCCUGCGGUCUCCGGGAAACCGAUCCCCGAACGGCCAGCCCUGACAAAGACCCUGGCCGCCAGUCCCUCCGAGGAAGAAAGCCUGGAGGAGGUGAUGAGGGCGCUGGAGGGAGAACACAGGAUGCGCUCACUACAGGCGGAGGAAUCCAGUGAGGACGAUUUCGUUGACCUUGACGAGAUCCUGGUGGAUUACGACCUCCCGGGCAGGCCGUCGGCGCGACCACGCAGGGGCGAGGAUGAGAGCUUGGGCUGCGGGCUGAGCAUUCUUCCGUCGACUGGAUCCUCCGCAGGACUUCGGUCCUCGACUCCCCCGCCCUCCUCCGCCAUCAUGAGCAGCGGGUGCGGCAUGCCCGCCCCCCCACCCUCCUCCUUGGGCGGCCACCCGCCAGCGUUGCCGCCCGACCGACCGCACUCCUACCUCACUCACCAUUCCGCCGUGGCGCAGGAAAAUGGAGGCGUGGGGGUUUCGCCGCGGCUGGGGUCUCCGGAGCGGCCCGAGAAGAGCAUCAAAGUGCACUUCAACACCUCCUUCAACGUCGUCAAGUUCGGCGACGGGACGGAUGUCAAGGAACCAAACAUUAAGGGGAUAAUCAACGUGGUCAUUGGCAGACAGGCUGCAGGACCACGACCAUAUGAAAGUAUGUUUGCCAUCAGACUCCGCAACACCAUCACAGGGGAACUCCAUUGGCUACAUCAAGAUCUUACUAUGUACCAGGUUGAAGAGAAAUACCCAGAUUACCAGAGUGAGGACUGGAGAUUCGAGCUCCGCGUCCGCUAUGUCCUCUCAGACCUCCACCAACUCUAUGACAAAGACCGCACUACAUUCUGCUACUACUAUGAACAGGUGAAAAAUGACUAUUUGGAGGAAGACAGCCGAGGAAAUGAAGGAAUUGAUCAGGAAUCAGCAAUUCAGUUAGCUUGUAUUGAAAUUAAGCGAAUGUUUAAGGACAUGAAUGGCAGCACCCUGGAGAAGAAAUCAAAUCUUGAGUUUCUAGAGAAGGACGUCGGCCUGCACAAAUUCCUUCCAUCUUCAGUCCUAAACACAGUCAAGCCCAAAACGCUGCGCAAGUCACUCCAGCAACACUUCAAGAAGUACGGCCAGCUGUCAGAGUCUGAGUGCUUCUUUAAAUUCUUAGAACUGUUAGGCAAAGGAAGGAAAUAUGACCAGGAGUCUUUCCGAUGUGCUCUGGGGUCUGGUUGGUCAAUUCCAGUCACCCUGUUGGUGGGCCCUUCAGUUGGGAUUUCAUACACAACAGAUUCUGCAUCAAAGCCCCACCACAUGGCAAGCUUUGAACAAGUCCAGAGUGUAGAGACACUAACCACAGACUGUGAUACCCACCGCAAGGCCCUUGUACAACUCAAGGUGGCAGGAACAGCAGAGGCGCUGACAGUCACGUGCCCAAGUAUAGCUGCUGCUGAGAGCCUUGCAGACCUGAUUGAUGGUUACUGCCGCCUUGUAAACAACACACGCACGUCCUUGUGGAAUACAAAAGUUCAUAUAUGGAAGUCUUUACCGUGCCCAUGCCAGACUCCACAAGAGGUGAGCGGCUCUGGAAGCAGCAGCUCAAGACACAGUUCUGAAACAGGAGGCGACUCCCGUAGAGGCGCUGGCGGCUCCGAGGACUAUGCAGAGAUUGUGGAUGAUGAAGGAGAUUACUCAACACCAGCAACCAAAGACUAUGAACUAGAGAGGAGUAGCAUAGAUGUUGGGGAGAUCAUUGGUGAGGGUCAGUUUGGCGACGUGCACACUGGGAUGUACAGAGGCCGUGAUGGCUCCAGUGUCCCAGUGGCCAUCAAAACAUGCAAGGUGGAGUCAGAGGGAACAAUGGCAGAGAAGUUCUUGGAGGAAGCCUACAUUAUGCAACAGUUCGACCAUCCAUACAUUAUCAAGCUCAUAGGUAUAUGCUCAGAUUCUCCCAUUUGGAUAGUGAUGGAACUAGCUCGAUAUGGAGAAAUGCGAGCAUAUUUACAAAACAACAAGGAUAGAUUAAGUCUGGCCACCCUAGUCCUAUAUGCCUUUCAGCUCUCCACAGCUCUCUCAUACUUGGAGAGCAAGAAGUUUGUUCACAGGGAUAUUGCUGCCCGAAAUGUAUUGGUUUACUCCCAUGAUUGUGUUAAGCUGGCAGACUUCGGCUUGUCUCGGUGGGUUGAAGAACAGAGCUACUACAAGGCCAGCAAAGGGAAGCUACCCAUCAAAUGGAUGGCUCCUGAGUCAAUAAACUUUAGGAGAUUUACCAGCUACAGUGAUGUUUGGAUGUUUGGUGUGUGCAUGUGGGAGAUUUUGAUGCUGGGAGUCAAACCGUUCCAAGGUGUCAAGAAUAAUGAUGUAAUCAAGCGAAUUGAGAAUGGCGAGAGAUUAGCUCUCCCUCCCAACUGCCCUCCCCGACUCUACUCCUUGAUGUCUCACUGUUGGAUGUAUGAGCCCAUAAAGAGACCGUCCUUUAAACACAUCAAAGAAGACUUGAGUGAGAUUCUCAGAGAAGAGAGAGCACAGCAGCAUGAGACCAUGAGAAGAGAAAACAGACGAGUUCAAGGCAUGUCCUGGGGAUCUGAUGAGCCUCCACCCAAACCAUCGCGAGUCCCAAUGAUGUCUGGUGGCCGUGGACACACCGCCACACCCCCCCCACCUUCUGGUUCAGGCCUGGGCUCCCCACCUCUCUACGCUCCCUCGCAGCGUCAGGGGAGCCACCAGAGUGACUCGGGAGACAUGAUGAGUGGUGCAGGAAGUUUAGGGGGAUCCUCUGGCUUUGGGGGAGCUGUGACUUCAGCUGAUGUUGCUGAGCUGCAGCACAGGCUCUUGGAGCAGAGAUUACGGCAACAGCAAAAGCAGACAGAGGAAGACAACCGAUGGCUCACUAACGAGGAAAACAAUAUGCGUAAACGCAUGUCCUUCGCCACAAGUGCAUCAGAUAAGUCAGACUCUGACAGUGAGUCCCCAGUAACACACCACCCUCCUUCCUCACCUUCACCUGCCCAGUCAGAAGAGAUCCGUGAGAGAUCGGCAACUCCUCUCUCAAAUGGAUCAGGUUCCGCUGUAGAAGAGCCAAAGAUUGUUGUAAAGCAAGUAGAACCAACCCCAACAGCUGAUCUAGACCGUAGUAAUGACAAGGUGUAUGAAUCCACAAUUCAUGUUGUGAAGGCAAUCACUGCUCUCACUCAUGAUGUGAAGGAAGGACAAGUACAUGUCUACCUGGACCAUGUAAAGAAGGUUGGUCAUGAACUUAGGGAUUUGCUGGCAACAGUGGACACUCUCAUGACAGCCAUCCCUCCCUCAUCACACAGAGAGGUUGAGUUGGCUCAUAAGGUGCUAUCCAAAGACAUGACAGAUCUGGUACAGGCAUACAAACUAGCCCAAAAGUAUGGCAGCACUACAUUGGAUGAAGAGUAUCGAAAGCGAAUGUUGUCUGCUGCUCAUGUCUUAGCCAUGGAUUCCAAGAACUUGCUGGACGUCAUAGAUGGUGUGAGAAUUAGACAGGCCUAGCUACCUACCUGCCUUCAAAACAUUCCGCUGUGUGAUCUUAUCCAUGGCAGUCAACACCUGAACUCGCCUUGAAUGCAUGAUGGAUAACUGUUGAGAGCCCACAAAUGACAAAGCAGUUCAUACGCAAAUAUGAGAUGUAUAUCUGGUAUUCACUCUUUUCUUAUUUGUGUGUUUUGGUUACUGGAACCAUCAUCAGGAAGCUUUGACCAAGUAAAAUGCUUGCUGGGAAAGCAUUCGUGAAAUCCAAAGACUAUACUUUUUUUUUUCAUUCCUUUUUUUUUCUCUUCUUUUUUUUAAGCACUGUUAAAAGUGAAAAAGGAAACCAAGGUGGGAAUCGGUGUUUUCUGAUCUCCAUUGAUGAUUACACUGAAACUAGAGUGCAUUUUCUCUUAAGAUGUCUGUGGAGCAGAUGAAGGAUGUUAGCCCCAACCCCUUUUAUUACUUGGGUUGGGUGUGUAUAUUAUAGUCAGUACCACUAGACCUUUGUGUGAUUGCUACCAUUAUCUGGAGGUGAUGACCCAGGUUGUUGUCCGCAGGGUAUUUCUAUUCCAUAAGACUCAUCACAAAUGGGUGUCUGAAGUAAGAUAAUGAGAAACUACUGCUGGAAGUGCUCCCCUGGUGUAUGUAUAUGACAUUCAAUUAAUUAAAUCUCAUGUAUAUUAUAACAACAAUACUAGAUAACAUGUCUUCUUAUCUGUCUUAGGCAGAAUUCAUAAAUGAUUCAUGUUCAUUUUUGCUUCCUUUUUGGGUAGCAGGUAGAUUUUUUCAAUGGCAACUAUAUGCCAGUAACUUCAGUUGUCAAAGUCAGUCGUAAAAAAAUAAUAAAUAAUAAUAGAAAAAAAAUAUUCCUCCCCCACAUUAUCACCACUACCCCAAAAAAAUCAAAUAAAGCAAUCAAACUUGUACUUCCAAGACAACUUUUAAGGUAUUUUCAUAUGAAACUUCAGGGGCAAAAGUUUUUAAAAAGUGGUCACCAAUCAUUUAUGAAUGUCCCAUGUUGAUGGCAUGUCUUUUGUGUCAAAGCUUGCUGCUCUUUAGUCAUGAAGAUCCUAAGACAUCACCAGAUUCUCUAGGGUCGUUGAUUUAGCUGUAGUAGAAUCGCCUUUUGUUACUCAGAGGAGAGAAAAGUGAUCAAGACUUGCUUUAAUUCCAGUGUGAAGUUCUUUGGACAUUUUUUUUGCUCCGAUGAGGGAAAUGCGCUUCUCGUGUUUUUUUGUGGCAGAGUUGCAAGCUCUUGUAUGUACUCUUUACUCACUGUCUGAUAUAUAUAUAUGAAUAUGUACUAUAUGAUUUUUGUGGUGUAAAUAUUAAUCUAGUUCACUGCGUGUAAUUAUUUAAUUUGACGGUCUCAAAUGAAUAAAGAAUAUUGACCCAGUA